AUGAAGAUCCCAUUUUGUCUGAUUUUCAUCUUCUUCCCAGCAAUAAUAUCAGCAGCAGAUGUAUUUCCAGGUUCAACACUUCAUGCAUCUAAUUCAGAAAAUUCACGGGAUUCCCCAAACAAAACCUUCAUACUUUCCUUCAUUCAGGAAGCUGAAAACACCUACUUUGCUGCAAUAAUAUACAAUGGAAUUCCCGUUUGGAAAGCUGGUGGAGAUCCAGGUGGUGCUGUAAAUUCCUCCGCCGCCCUCCGCUUCCUCCCCGACGGAAACCUUCAGCUCGUCUACACCUCGACAGGUUUUCUGGUCUGGCAGUCGAAUACCGCUGGACGAGAAGUCUCCACGGGUAAACUUGAUGAUUCGGGCAACUUCAUACUCCGAAAUGGAAGUAUUCAAAUAUGGACAACCUUCGAUAAUCCUUCUGAUACAAUUCUCCCAGGGCAAAACUUUACUGUCAACCAUGUUUUGCGAUCGGAUUAUAUUCGUUUCGCCUCUAACACGAACUUGACUUCUCCGAGCUUAGUCCUUCAACAACCAGUUGGGAUCUUUUCACUUUUUGACCCAAUGCUUUCGAGUCCAUUGACUAUGGCUCGUAGCAGUGAUUAUGGUGAAGUUACUGAUGAUUCUAUUCGGUUCGUGAAGUUGGAGAGUGAUGGGAAUUUGAGAACUUAUAGCUCUGCUAGGAUUAACGGAAGUGGAAACUGUUAG